CGCGCCCAAAUCCUCAUCUAAAACAUGUGGCUCGAAUCCAUUUCUCCAAGCCGAGGGCCACAAAUCCAAGACGACCACCAAGGCCACUGCGGUUGCGUCUCCGAACCCUUUCGCUCUCCAUCGACGACUCCAUGGCCGUGGCGCCCGCUGCUUCCACCCUCCGCUCCUCCUUCCUCUCCUCUCCUCGCCAUCCCAAGCUCUCCCUCUCCAGCAAACUCCCGGUAAGCCGUCGCCUGCCCGCCUCGUACCCUCGCGUCCGAGCACUCGACCUGGACCAGAACACGCUUGUCGCCAUCUCCGUGGGGGUCGUAAGCGUUGCGGUCGGCAUCGGUAUCCCCGUGUUCUACGAGACUCAGAUCGACAAUGCUGCUAAGCGGGAGAAUUCGCAGCCUUGCUUCCCGUGUAACGGAUCCGGUGCUCAGCAAUGCAGAUUUUGCACAGGAAGUGGUAAGAUCACUGUAGUGCUUGGAGGUGGUGAUACAGAUGUCUCACAGUGCAUCAACUGUGACGGUGUUGGUAAAUUAACAUGCACUACAUGCCAAGGCUCUGGAAUCCAACCACGAUAUCUUGAUCGAAGGGAGUUCAAGGAUGAUGACUGAAACCUUUCUCUCCAAGUGAUGAGAGAGUGAGGAGAUGUUUUACCUUUUAAGUUCAACUCUAAAAUUGCAAGGAAUGCUCAUUGUGUUAGUCUUUUCAUGCAACGACUAAUACAUUUCAUUUCUAUCCGUGCAGGAUCGGAUGUAAUAGUCCUCUGGUUCUUUUUAUCUAUGUAUAUUGUAUUCUCUAAUCAGAUUAUUCGUAUGCCAAAUAACAUCUACAUUUUUUUAAUCUUUAA